UUUAAACUAUCCCAUAAACUCCCGAACCCACCACUGCCUUCUUCUUUCCGAAUAUAAUUCUACCUGCACUACACUUCUUCUUCGCAGGAACAGUAAUGGAGUCUUGUUGGGCUCGUUUUGCUAUCAUCAUUCUGCUACUCUCCGUCCCAGUACAGUCUGAUGAAGAAGAAGAUCAUCUGCUACAGGGAAUCAACAGCUUCCGGCAGUCGUCCAACGUUCCGGCUCUCGCCAAGCACGAUAAGGCCAAUUGUGUGGCCGACGAAAUUGCGGACCAAUUAGAGGACAAACACUGUGCGUCCAACACUGCACCACCAGCCCAAUCGCAACUGAUCUCCAACUACCCUAGUGUUCUAAAGAAAUGUGACAUAGACGUCAACACGACGAGAGACGGUAUGAUACUGCCGGUUUGCGUGCCACAUCGAGUUGCGACUCUGGUGCUCACUAACUACACACAGUCUCACAAUUCAAGAUACUUGAACGACUCCAGGUUUACGGGUGCGGGCAUUGGGACCGAAGACGACUGGACCGUCUUAGUCUUGACCACAAACACACCCGGAGGGAGCUUCGCAAGUGGAGCUGGUCGGCUGACGAUACCGGGCUCGACCCAGUACUUGCCAACUCUUCUUCUGAUGCUAUUUCUCGUGUUGAUAUAUUAAAGUUGCUACGCGACUUAUUAUGUGUUUAGGUUUGUGUUGUACUAGAGUUGGUUUUUUCCUAUUUUCAGGUAGCCUAUGUGGUAAACUUCGUCUUGUCAUCAGCGUGUAUAUCUCUGUCGUGUCCUAUUUCUCUGUGUCGUUUGUAUACUGUACUUGGAUUCUAACCGGACAUGAGAAGCUCUCGGUGAGCUAAUUUGGCAUAUUGUUUAUCUUUGA